AGAGAAAGGGCGGGUGAAAAAAGAUUUUAUGAAAAUCGAUCCCGGGUGUGGAGGUGGUCGCCGCCUCUCGAUCACGGGCCCCAGGUUUCCACACGCGAACGUGUUUCGCUCCGCCCCUGAAAGUAACCGCGGUCGGGUCUGGAGAACCGCCUAGUCCGGUCACCUUGGUCGGAAUCAGAAGCAUGGAACGACCCAUCGGUCCCUCCCCAGUCGCGUUUGUCCUCGUCCGUUGCUUCCCCUCAGCCCCUUUGCUCCCCAAGUCGGACCCAUCCCUGCCCCGCGUAGCUUGACCCUACUCGACCGGCAUCGCCGUCGCCUCCCGCACCGCGGCUUCUCCUCGUCCCGCUGCUCCAGCUGGAGAGGUGACUGUCCAGGACAGUUUCAAAGACGCAGUCAUCGGCUGCACCACGUCCUGGAGGCAGUCCCGCGGUUAUCUCAUAUACACCCGCACACGUGCACACAUGCACACACACAUACACACCUACACACACACACACAUACACACACACACACAGACACCGACGCGAGCGUGGAGCCGUAGGAUCCAGCAGGAAGUGUGGCGGUGUCCUGAGAAUUUUGGAGAAGCCGAUUGGCCGAUGGAGCCGGAUCGAUAUCUUAACUAGACGGUAUCUAACCGGAGGAAUAAUCAAAUUACUGACGUCGCCGAAGACUAUUUCAAUGACUCAGGGAUACAUAGGAUUUCACAGUGAUCUCGGAAACUUUGGAUCAUUGGAGUCCACUUGGCGACGGACGGAAGUGACCGAUAUGUUCUGAGAUAGUGGAGGAGGUGCUGCCUCGCAGCUAGUUCUGUGGCGAGCGUGUUGGUGGACAGUGAAGGAUACACACUCCGAGAUUGGUGGUGAUUCCAAUGUAACGAGACGUUCCGGAGACGUUGCGCGGAGGACCAGUUGGAUAUAGAAUGGAGAUACCGCUGAUCAUUGGACAACCGUCGGUUACGUUAUCAGAGGUCUUCGCGCGGCUGACGGUUUCCCGUUUGAAUUAAAUUCCCGCCUCAAGGAGAGAAGUGAGCGGGCCGAUCUCAUCAAUCGCAGAGGACUCGACUCGGCUUAGUCAUCCGGACUUGUCUUCGAUCGCCUGUUGGCAUCGUCAAGCCUCUCGUGAAGCGAAAAAAGGUCGUUUCGAAAGACGGUUCGACAGAAAAAAGACGUUUAUACUAUAUGAAGUGCAAGGGAGAGAAGACGCAGUAUGCGGCAAGACGAGUGUCCUUCCCAAGAAAGGAAACGACCCGAUCGUGAUCUCAGUUUCGGCAGAUGCCGUGGUGGUAGCGCUCUCUCGGGGAGGAUGUACCACGGGGGCGGAAGUGGCGGGUACGGCGCAGGUUCCGACUACCAGCAACAGUCCCAGCAGCAACAGCAGCAGCAACACGGGCAGCAGCUCCAAGCGCCCGUCUACGUUCCCUCGUCCAGGCCGGCAAUUCCAUCAGCAGCCACGGCGGCGCAAUAUCACUCUUUCCCCACUUCGGCCUCGCCCGCAUGGGAGAAAACGGCGUCCUGGCAGCACGGAGUGGAAACAUACGCGGCGCAUCACGCACUCGCCGGCCACACGAGCGGCACCGCGGCGGCGAUGGGACCGCACGCAGGACACGGUCAUCCGCACGCAGGACACCCGCACACGGCCCAUCCUCAUUCCUCCCUCGCCGCAGCCGCGGCCGCACCGUUCUACGCGCAGAAUGUCGCCAUGAUGUCGUCCUGGCGGGCGACCUACGAGGGCACCAGCUUCCACCAGCGCGCGUCUCCUUACGGUUCGUACAUUAACACCGCGAUGGACUUCCAGUUCGGCGAGGGUCGCGAAUGCGUGAACUGCGGGGCGAUAUCGACGCCGCUUUGGCGAAGAGACGGCACCGGUCAUUAUCUUUGUAACGCAUGCGGACUUUAUCACAAGAUGAACGGCAUGAACAGGCCGCUUAUCAAGCCGUCGAAACGCCUGAUGUCGGAAUUUCAGACCGCAACGAGGCGACUUGGGCUUUGCUGCACAAACUGCGGUACUCGCACUACCACCCUGUGGAGGCGCAACAACGAGGGCGAGCCGGUGUGCAACGCCUGCGGGUUGUACUUCAAAUUGCACGGGGUCAACAGGCCGUUGGCCAUGCGGAAGGACGGCAUACAGACGAGGAAGAGAAAACCGAAGAAAACCCCGGAGCCGAACGCAAGGUCGUCCACGGGGGAUCAUGAGACUAACGCUUCGACCACUUCCUCUCCCUCCACCGACUUAAAGAGCAAUCAGCAGCAGCCACAGCAGCAGCAGCAGCAGCAGCAACAGCAGCAUCAGAUCGAGGUGACCAAGUCGUCGGGCUCGUCGACGUCGACUGACCGCCCCGUCUACCUCGGCCAUACCUCGCUGUUAGCCACCGGCAGCGUGCCCGCUGUGAAAACAGAACCGCGAAGCUGCGACGGCGUCGUCAGCCAACCGUACGCGUCCUACUACCAGCAUCCUCAUCAGCUCGCAGCCAACAGCGAGCAUCAGCAACAGAACUACUACGGCGCCCAAGAGACGCCCUAUCAUCAUCAGCAUCACGCGGCGGCGAAACUACUCGCGUCCUCGUCGUAAUUCAUUUGACGGAUCGGAAAUCCAUCGAAAUCAUCCUGAGGAUGACUAUAAGUCGACAACGGUGGUCCGAACACUUCGGAGCGAAGGUAGAAGACUAAUCCGCGGCACGAGACUAGUCAAGAACGGAUGUGCGUCGGAGAAGCCGAUGUCGAGGGUCGCUGGCGUUCGUAUUGAGGAAUCACAGAAUCAAGGGGCCGAGAGGGGAAGGAGGAGAGGAGAGCGAGACGCGGUUUUCUACAGUGCUCGAGAUACUUCUCUGACGAGUGGAAGAGCGAUUCUUCCGGAGCGUGGGACUAGUCAGCGACGGUUGUACGUGCAAACUGUUUCGAAAUUCGAAAGAUCGACCGACCUCGGACAAGAGAGAAGUCGACACGCGGGAAACGGGUCAUCGAGAAACCGAGAGGUGAAGUCGGUCGUCGGUCGAGCAAGUGUUUCUCGAUUCUAGGAGCAGGUGAUUAACACGAAGAAAUCUACUACACGGACACUUGGAUGUACGGCGAGAAGUACGGAGGAGUGUGCCUCCGAAGAGGGAGGGACGGUGUACCAUCGAAGAGUGUGCCUCGAAGAUGUCAGGUUCGACGGCGUGUUGCUGCAGACAGGCGCGCUAUCCUAAUUGGGAGGGAAACUGGAUCUCUAGUCAAUGACAGGGAUUGUAGAAAUUACGAUGGAAGGACGUUCGCUCGGCUGAUUCUGACGACCAUGAUGGGACUCGCGCGAAAAUGGGAUGUAGCUAAUAAAAAUAUGGCGAAACGAACGGGAGAUAACAUUUUAUACGUUGCGACGUGGCACAUUUGCAUGUUUAACCACGCGCUCUUGUGUGCGCUCGAAUAUACCCGACACAUGUAAAUAGCCGAAUUAUAAGAAAAUAAUAUAAUUAACGCAAGAGUGCUUCCUGAUCUGACAAAGGCACGACGCACAACAAGGAUAAUACAUACGGCGGAUUAUUCUGACAAAGCCUGCCCUAUCGGAAGAAAAGAGAGAGAAAAGAAAAAAUGGAUCGAUGUGAAUGGUAAUGUUGUCUCUAUUCUUUGCGUUUAAAAAGAUGACGAGGCAUUGCGCUUUCUCACGCUGUAUUCCUCACACGUAAUGGUGUCUCAACAUAUCGAUAAAUAUAAAUGAGAAAGAUGCCUUCGUCAUUUGAGUGUCGAAAUAGCACGUCCUCGCCUAAGCCGAAUCCCCAGUACGAUUAUUACUUCUCAUUAUUAUGGCAAACGCUCGCACGCGAAGUACUUAAUUGUAAAUAAUCGUUAACGGUGAAACACCGCAGUUUUAGAGAUAAUUCGACCGUUUCGGCCUUCUCGGCGAUCUCGCCGAUUUAUUCGAUAGUGACGCCGAAUCGGAGGACUGCUCGCGAUAACGCCCGUGAUCGCCCGAAAUAUACGCUGAAUCAUUUCGUUGGAAUUAUUUCUCUUAGACGACCAAAAAAUGUACGGUUUAUACCCUACUUAUCUGAUCUUACGGACGUAUAUACACGGUAGACGUUAAAUUUAUGUAAGCUCACCGAGAAACGAGAUAGUGAUAGAUGCAAAUUUUCAAUAGCAGUCGAGGCAAAGCGAAAGACUUCUCGAGGCACAAGAAUAUUUUAUCAGACUUGUAUAACGAUAACCUUUGCACAAAUAUCAUAAGGACUCACCCCGACCCAAAGGAAGAAGCGAAUGCCUGAUGUGAGCCACCCCUCCCCCCCUCGACGUACUUACUGCCGCAAACGACAAGAGGAAGGCGAUGACGAUGAUGAGCCAUCCUUAUAAUUUAUUGACUCGAGGCCCCCAAGGCUGCUACGGUUCCCUGAAACAUACGUUUAGUUAACGUUAAUUGAGACAAUGAAACUUUUAUGUAUAGUUCCUGUAUUAACUAUUUUUGCGACGCGCGAUAAAGAUGAUUUUUAUUAUCGAUUAAGAUAAGCGGAAAUUGUGUUUUCUCUCGUGAGCCGAGAAAAGAGAUAUUCGAUUUGAAAUAUUCUGGUGACUCAGAAAAGGGACUCGAUGACGAAUGAAGCAUAAAUCAUCAAUUCGCACUGCACCAUUACGAUAAAUAUCCUUCGAACCUUUGAAUAUGGACAAAUAAAUUAUCGAUGCGAUAGCAUCGAUCAAUAUGUUGACGACAUAGUGA